AUGACCGUGGCCGAGUUCGAUGAUAUUGAGUAUGAGGGUAUUGGAGGAGAUAGCCAUAUCGACCUACGAAGUGAGCGAUGCUUCCGUGAUCAUUCCCCUGGCGACACCGUUAUCAGCUUGAGUGAUGAUGGACAAGCGCUUUACACUUAUCCUAUCCCUUCCUUUCAAGCUUUAUCUCAGAGUCACCCAAGGCCAGACCUAAGUCCUCAGCAAACGCAAUCUCAUAGGCACCAUGGCAAUAUUACUGAGACUGAAAACCUGGAUGGUCCAAGCACAUUGAGCUAUGAUACCCUCAUCGCUAUGCAACACCACGCACAACCAGGUUCGGUACGCGGGCUAUCACCCCUAACAAGGUAUCGGCGCGACACACAGGGGCAUGAGAGGCUCGCCCUAGGAAUGAAAGCCGAAGACCUUGGAUCACAUCUUGAUAUAGAGAGCCCUCCACCGUGUCUCAAGAAAGCGAACGGAGUUUCGAAAUGUAGCAAAACUUCAAUAAUAUCAUCGUUACACCUAAGCCCGGCACCACACCAAACCCCAAGCGCGAGCCCAGUCCCAUCAAUGGACCCCGAAACUUCGUCGGCCGCCGAGCAACUCCGCGAGCUAUUAAAUGUCAUCGAGGCUCCAGGCUGGAAUGAAGAGGUAUCCCCAGAAGAGCAGGCUGAGUAUUUACGGAGAACAUGCCGUAUCAAGUACGAAGCUGAAGCGACGGGUCCAGUCCGAGAUGAACCCGAGAGAGAUAAAGCCGCCCAAGGUUCGCAAGCGGAGUCGACAGACUAG